CGGCUAGCCGCCAUCUUGUUGUUGAUCCUACCCAGUGGGCAGCGCCAGGAGCUGGACCGAGCGGCCGGUGCGGGGUCGCUGCUGCGGGGCUCAUCCACCUGCCCUGCCUGCCAGGGGCGGGCCGAAUCCUGGAGGCCCAGGGGGCCCAGCUCCCUUGGGGAGCCGUGGGCGCCCGCUGCCCGGGCCGGGCCGGGAAGGAGAGUGAGCCCAGCGGCGCUGACCGUCGGCGCCCGGCCUGCCGGGACCUCCCGCCUCGCACCCCUCCCGUGGCCCAUGUGCUGCGUCCUCGGCCCUCAGCGUGCAGCCGGCCCCAACGCGAUGUGUGUUUGUCAAACCAUGGAGGUGGGGCAGCACUGCAAGAACUCGAGUCGGGCCGGAGACCGGGGCGUCCUCCUGGAGCCCUUCAUCCACCAGGUGGGCGGGCACAGCAGCAUGAUGCGCUACGACGACCACACCGUGUGCAAGCCCCUCAUCCCGCGGGAGCAGCGCUUCUACGAGUCCCUCCCCCCGGAGAUGAAGGAGUUCACCCCCGAGUACAAAGGCGUGGUGUCUGUCUGCUUCGAGGGGGACAGUGACGGCUACAUCAAUUUGGUGGCCUACCCCUACGUGGAGAGUGAGACGGUGGAGCCGGACGAUACGCCGGAGCGGGAGCAGCCUCGGCGCAAACACUCCCGCCGGAGCCUGCAUCGGUCGGGCAGUGGCAGUGACCGUGACCACAAGGAGGAGAAGGCCGGCCUGUCCCUGGAGGCCUCUGAGAGCGCCCAGGAGGCCAGGAGCCCGAAGGCGGAGCUGCACAGCCACUCGGACGUCCCCUUCCAGAUGCUGGACAGCAACAGUGGCCUGAGCGCCGAGAAGAUCAGCCACAACCCCUGGAGCCUGCGCUGCCACAAGCAGCAGCUGAGCCGCAUGCGCUCCGAGUCCAAGGACCGCAAGCUCUACAAGUUCCUGCUGCUCGAGAACGUGGUGCACCACUUCAAGUGCCCCUGCGUGCUGGACCUGAAGAUGGGCACGCGGCAGCACGGCGACGACGCGUCCGCCGAGAAGGCGGCCCGGCAGAUGAGGAAGUGCGAGCAGAGCACGUCCGCCACGCUGGGGGUCAGGGUCUGCGGCAUGCAGGUGUACCAGCUGGACACGGGGCAUUACCUCUGCAGGAACAAGUACUAUGGCCGUGGCCUGUCCAUCGAAGGCUUCCGUAACGCCCUCUACCAGUACCUGCACAACGGCUUGGACCUGCGGCGUGACCUUUUUGAGCCCAUCCUGAGCAAACUGCAGGGCCUGAAGGCGGUGCUGGAGCGGCAGGCCUCCUACCGCUUCUACUCCAGCUCCCUGCUUAUCAUCUACGAUGGCAAGGAGUGUCGGGCCGAGUCCUGCCUGGACCGCCGGUCCGAGAUGCGCCUCAAGCACCUGGACAUGGGGCUGCCUGAGGUGCCGUCACCCUGCGGCCCCAGCAGCGGCCCCAGCAGCGCCGGCCCCGAGGCGGGCCCCUCCUCUCCACCCAAGGUGGAUGUCCGCAUGAUCGACUUUGCACACAGCACGUUCAAGGGCUUCCGGGAUGACCCCACCGUGCACGACGGGCCCGACCGAGGCUACGUGUUCGGCCUGGAGAACCUCAUCAGCAUCAUGGAGCAGAUGCGGGACGAGAACCAGUAGGCCCGGCUCCGGGUCCCCAGAACCCCUUCCUCUCCACCCGCAGGCAGGGACCAUUGAUCUGAACUCGCUGCGAGGACACACAGACUUGCUUUUAAAGGGUUAUAUUUCUCUUGGGUGUAAACUAAAAGAAUGUUUUUAGCUGUAGCCUGGAAUCCGUAUGUAUAAAGAGGAGGAGAGCGGAACACGCAUCCUCUUGGCCAGGCCCCCGAGCUCCACGGCUCUGACUGCGGUGUCCAGGCUGGCUUAGCAGAGGGGGCCCCUGGUGGGCUCGUCGGCAGGGACGGGGUGUCCUUGGCCAUGGAUUUUUCUUGCCUAUGUUUCUGGGGUCUGUGGCCUCAGGGCCCUGCUGGUUGUGGGACAGAGCCCUGCGCUCACACAGGCCCCUCCAUCCCGCACACCCCUUGUUCCUCAGAAGCGGAGGGAUUGGGGGCCCAUCUCCAGGGGGAUGUGUUCUAGUGUCUCGGGGGUCAACCGCUCUUUGAUGUCCCCAGGGCACUUCAAGGCCAGCUGCACACAGCUGGACCCACCCUUCUGGGUUCCGAUCCUGGCCAGAGGCUAGAUUCAUGAGGCUGGGUGGUCAGCCUGCGCGGCAGAGGCCGGCCCUGGGGCUCCCCGGCACUUGCACCUGCUCCUCCUGCCUGCACACCCACCCCAGCCGUCCUUUCUCACCGAGACCUCUUGCCCCACUGAAGGGCCCCUGCUGUGUCUGCUGAGGAGAGGCAGUGUCCCAGCAGGCCUCGGGGCCCCUGGCGACUGACCGAAGCAGUGUUUGCAGUUCUCGUGCCGUGGGCAGGAGCCCGCUUCCUCUAGUUUGGGCAGCUGUGCUGCCUCUGGGUGGGCCGCUCCUGCCAGGGCUCGGGGGCUGUGGUCUGCUCAGGGUCUCCCCUUCUCCCAGGCCAAGCUCAAGGCGGCGGCCCCUUGUGAGAAGCUCCAGGCUUACCAGGGAGAACUUUAAAACUGUCUGCACGUGGGGGCAUUUGUACUCUGGGUGCAGGUGCCCAGGUUCUGCUAAUGAGAGUGUUGUCUUACCAUUCUGGGGCUCCAUCAGUCUGUCCAUUUGUCCAUCUGCCAUCCCCUGCCUCUUGGGGUCCUCCCCCUGGGGUGCAGCCUUGUUCAUUAGUAAAUAUUGAUUUCCUUCAUUCUUCCCUCAGCAAAAUACUCUUUCCCAUCUUUGAAGUGGGUGUUUGCCCCGGGCCCUUCUUCAGCAGGUGCGGCCUUUUCACGGAGAACUGGGAGCAGAACCACCUGCAGGAGGCGGCCCCUGCUGGCCCAGCACCCUCCCUGCAGCCUGGAGCACGGCCCCUCCACACUGACGGUGGUGCAGCGAGGGCUGGACAAGGGAUCCCUUCCUUCCCGUGGUUUUAGUUUUUGCUGCCAGCCCUUAAUGGCACAGAGACCUGCCACCUCUAACUCGUGCCCAGGAGGUGACACUGCAAUCACCUAACCAUUGCCAAGGUUAGUGCCCUCACCUCCAAGCCUAGGACCACUGUCGUCACUUUGGGCAUGUCCCUGUUUGGGCAUUAGAGGUUAAGCUUGCUAGCCUGUGCGUCUCUGCGAGGCCUUGGUGACCAAUGGACUCAUCUCCUGGUCCUUAGAUGCAGCCUCACACAUCUGAACAGGCUCCUGGGUGGAUCAUUUCUCAGCCCUCUGACCCUGGUGCCAGUGGUGGGCAGGUUCCUGUUCCUUGGGGCUGGGAGGGAGAGCUUGCCUGUUUCUGGUCGGUAAUGACCUUCUGUCCUGCACCAUUCUGUGGCUUCGGCUAUAGGGACAGUGGCUCUUCUUUAGUGUAGUCGUUUCCUGGCAGGGCAGAGGUUGAGACACAGGGCCACUUGAGACCUUUGAACCUCUCCCCCCUAGAGGGGUGCUGUGCCUCUGAGUUCUGUACUUUGGGAGCAGAGGGCCUGGGAUUUGCUGCUUCUCCCCACCCUGUGGGUCCCCUCUUUUCAGCACUUUUGACACUUGGAGACCCAGCCCUGUUACCUGGCGGGCGACGGGCACGUGUGCAUGGGCACAUGUGCUCCGCCACCUCCCUCUCACCACUCUGCCAGGCCCUGCCCCUGCCAGGCCCUGCCUUUUCAGCCCCUACUUGGGACCAAAGUGCAACGUGGGAUCACGGCUGGGGCACUCAAGUGACCCCUCUAUAGUGCUUCCUUGGGCCAAGUGACACCAGCCCCCUGAGGGGUGGGAUCGGGUGGUGCUUCAAGAGGAAGGGGACCAGUAUAGCAAUUUGCCAGGGACCCCACCCCUCCCUUACACUGGGAUCUGUGCAGUGAGCCUGGGGACCCCGCCGAUGGGGCCCAAGGCCUAGGCUAGUUCAGUAGCUCCUGUUCACUUGCUCACACCUGGCCACGUGCACGCCCUUUAUAUGCAGAUUGCUUUGAACUUGAAAGCUGUUGUGCUGAGUUACAAAAACGGUUUAAUGAG